UCGUAUGCAUAAAAAUUCUUAAAUGGUUAAGCAUAUGCUUAAGUCAAUAAAUUCUGCUAAUCAUAUUGAUUUUUUUACUUAGCAUAUUGCUUAUCUCGUUAAGUGGCUUGCAUGAUUUUUCUUAACGCUUGAGAAUAUUCUUAAACUUAAACAACCCACUCACAGGUCUUAAAUCGUUAAGCAAGAUACUUACUUUUGCAAAAUGGCUGCCGCAAAUGGACAGAAUAAUGCACCUCAGCAGAUUGCAAGAGCUUUGAGACGAGAAAGGCACUUCCGAGACAGGUUUGACCCCCUUCAAAAUUUUGACGGUCUUGAACUUUAUCAAAGAUUUAGGUUUGAUAGGGAAGGAAUCAUUUUCAUUAGUGAUAUUCUAAAAGAUUACAUUGCCCCAACGACGGGAAGAAACCACAGUCUACCCCCACAUUUACAAGUCAUGAUCGCAUUGCGAUAUUAUGCUACUGGGAAAAUGCAGCUAUGUAGUGGCGAUAAUUUUAAUGUUGACCAGUCCACUGUGUCUAGGGUGAUCCAAAGAGUCACGAAUGCAUUGAAUCAUCAGGAUGUUGUCAGGAGAUUUGUAACAUUUCCUCUGACUGCAGAGGCAAUAAAAAAACACCAAGCCGAUUUUUACGCGGUUGCCCGGUUUCCAGGAGUUGUUGGAGCAAUAGAUGGUACACACAUACGAAUUUUGCGUCCAAGCAUCAACGAACCAGAAUUUGUGAAUAGGAAGAACUUCCAUUCAAUAAAUGUACAGAUUGUGGUGGAUGCAAAUUAUUGCAUUCUAGAUUUAGUUGCGAGAUGGCCAGGGUCAGCACAUGACGCAAGAAUUCUCCGUGAAAGUGGCCUAGCAAGAAUAUUUGAGACAAGAAUGCUGCCGACAAGAUGUCACUUACUUGGCGAUAGCGGUUAUCCGUGUAAGAACUGGAUAUUGACACCAUACCUUAACCCACAACCUGGACAACAGACACGAUACAACAGUGCCCACAAAACAACAAGAUGUAUUGUCGAGAGAGCCAUUGGGCAGUGGAAAAGGAGAUUUCAUGUCCUACAUGGAGAGGUCAGGUUGAGACCAGAAAGGGCUAGCAAGGUGAUAACAGCCUGUGGAAUUCUACACAACAUUGCAAAACUGUUGAAUAUGCCACAGCAUGAUGAUAUUGAGGAUGAUGGGGAUGAUGAUAAUGAUGAAGAUGGUGAUGCCAAUAAUAUCAAUGAUAAUCCAGCUGAUGGAAGGGCCUACAGAACCCAUAUUGUAUCAACUCACUUCUGAUUUCCAGUUUCUGCUUUUUGAGGAUGUCAUAGGAUGUUGUCAGAGAUGAAUAUGUACAGGAGUCUGAUGGCAAGGAUGACAAGAUGGAUGAGGGCAGGAUUUCUGUGGCCAUGGUUAC